AUGACUCUGAUACUUGCUGGGGACACAAAAAUGGUUCUUUUCGAACCUGAGCGGGUACAGGUCCGAGAAGAAUCUACAAAUUUCAAUGAUAAUUCUCAGAUCACUCUGCUUCUGCUGGUAAGCAUGUGCUUAUUCUCAACGCUCUCGUCUUUCUCACCGUCUAUGGACUUUUACGUGCUCAUACGACUCUUUAUUGGAAUAUUCUGUGGAGGACUGAUCACAGUGGGAACGAUAUUGGUAGUGGAAAGUCUGCCGGCAAAACAUCGUUUUUGGAUGUGUACGGUGGUCACAUGGGCUCCUAACUAUAUCUUAUUGGCUUUUUUCGCAUAUUUUACUGGUCAUUGGAGAAUACUCGCUCGUGCAUGCAAUGUUGUUACAGCACUUGGCGCACUUCUACUUGCUUUCGGAAUUCCAGAAAGUCCGAAAUUUCUCAUUCAAAAGCAUCGCAAGAAAGAAGCAGUCAAGGCCCUCAGCUAUGUGAAUAGUUUCAGACGCGAUAACGGGAAGUUCACAGAAGAGGAGAUCAAGCAAGCGGUAGACAAAGCGGUCUUGAUGACAGGAGAUGCGGAACGAUGUGGCAAAAAGAAAUACACUUUCGUGCACCUUUAUGCAACAAAAACCCUUGCGAUACGUACAAUAGUGCUGUCAUUUGGAAUGUGA